AUGACUCCUCACGUCGACCGUGAAGGCAACGAAUGGGUCGCCAACUCUCUGACCGACGCUCGUGCUGGAAACGAAACGGCGUUAGGCCUCAUAUUUGAGCACUACCGGGCCUACUUGACUUUAGUGGCCAGCGAGGAACUACCUGCAGAAGUCCGGCCGAAGGUUGCAGCUUCGGAUGUGGUACAGCAAACCUUCCUGGAAGCUCGUCGGCACUUCUCGCAGUUUCAAGGCGAUCGAGAAGCACAACUCCGUGGUUGGCUUCGUCGGAUGCUCUUGAAUAAUGUCGUCGACGUGACUCGGCACUAUUCGGUGUCACAAAAGAGGUGCGCCAGCCGAGAGGUGGCCCUCGACGGCGAUAAUUCGGCAAUCCAUACGGAGGAAUUGCUGGCAGAUCGUCACGAUACCCCAGCCACAAGAGCACUCACGCAAGAGCGAGCAAACUUGGUUCAAGGAGCUAUCGCAAGGCUGGAUGAAGACUACCGCCUGGUUGUUCAGCUACGUAAUUUUGAACUGCUGGACUUCGAAGAAAUCGGUCUUCGCAUGAACCGCUCGACGAACGCUGUUAAGAAGCUCUGGGCGAGAGCUCUUAUCUCGGCGCAUCAAGCCCUGGCCAACGGGCACUCCACUCACCCUCCCGAUUCGGUGACGGAUGACACCUCCGAUGAUCUGCGGCUGGAGCUUGAAUGCCUGGAAGAUUUAGAAUUGCUACGCCGCUUCCAGGCUUCGGUAUCCGACUCAAACCAGCACGCACUGGCUCCGGCCGAGAUGGCCGAUUCUCAGACACUGGGGCGUUUUCGUAUCGAGAGCGAAUUGGGGCGCGGCGGGUGCGGCGUCGUAUUCCUGGCUUACGAUCCGCAACUUGGCCGUAGGGUUGCACUUAAGGUCCCGCGGCCCGAUGUUCUUUUCAGCCCCGAAAUGAAAGCGCGGUUUGUGAAGGAGGGACGAACGGCCGCCGUGCUAAGCCAUCCCGGGAUUAUCGCUGUGUUUGAGGCCGGAGAAGUAGGCGGGGUGUGUUACAUCGCCUCAGAAUACUGCUCCGGCCCCACUCUCUCGACCUGGCUGGCCGGGUUGAGGCACGAUGUUCCCCAAGUACUCGCCGCCACGGUGGUAGCCGAUCUGGCCGACGCGGUGGACCAUGCUCAUCGCCACAACAUUCUGCAUCGCGACUUGAAACCUGGAAAUGUGUUGCUUGCGCCAGACGAAUCGGCCAAUAGCGAAUUCCCUUUUCGGGCGAAGCUAGCCGAUUUUGGAUUGGCGAAGCUUAUGGAAGAACAAGAUGCGGGUGAGCAAGCCACACGGACGGGAGCCUUUCUUGGUACGCCGGCCUACAUGUCGCCAGAACAAGCCAAUGGGCGAACUCGCGAGAUUGGUACGCACUCCGACGUCUAUGCGCUUGGUGUGACUCUGUAUGAACUGCUCACACGUCGACCUCCGUUCCUCGGUGGCAGCGACGUUGAAACCUUGCGUCGCAUCGUCGAGAGGGAUCCGACUCGUCUAAGUGUCACGCGGAAGUCGAUCUCUCGAGAUCUAGAGGCCAUCUGCCUAAAGUGUCUGGAGAAAAACCCUGCCAAGCGAUAUUCUUCCGCCUCGGAACUGGCGGCCGAUCUACGUCGAUUUUUGGCUGGAGAGCCAACGCAUGCCCGACCGACGAGCCUGCCAGUCCGAGCAUGGAAGUGGACUCGGCGAAAUCAGACACUGGCGGGGUUUAUGGCCUUCAUUGUUUUGGCCAUUCUAACCGCCGCCGCAGGUUUGACGACGUACAGCAUCAAGCAAAAGCAGUUCAAUACCGAGUUGAGUUUAGCCCUGGAAACGGCCGACCAAGCGCGGCUGCGGGCGGAAGAAAGCGGACUUCAACUUCAGCGACGCCUGUACGCCGCGGACAUGAAACUUGCGGGUCAAGCGCUCGCGGAGAACGACGUUCGCCAAGUUCGCACCUUUCUAGCACGACACGUCCCUCAAUCGGGCGAGCACGACUUGCGUGACUUCGUGUGGCACUAUCUGUCGAGGCACAUAUCACAGCAACCGCUUACGGAGUUCAAGCACCCCGGUGGAGUCUAUAGUGCAGAAUACUCUCCCAAUGGCCAGCGGCUUGCGACUGCUUGUGCCGACGGCCUCGUUCGACUUUGGGACCCGAAUGCCCCCAAGCAACCUGUGAUCGAGAUCGACACCGGUCACGGUGAAUGCAACUGCGCUUCGUUCGAUCAUGCGGGUCGACGCCUAGCCACAACCGGCGAUGAUCGUGCAAUCCGCAUCUGGGACGUCGAAACCCAUUCAUUACUGCAGACGAUCAAAGACGCUCACGAAGGAAUGGGUUACGACGUACUUUUCACCAACGACGGAGAACAUGUCGUUAGCUGCGGCGAAGAUCCGCACGUGCGGAUGUGGGAUAUUGCUUCGGGAGAGUUAGUUCGAGAUUGGGAGAAUCAUCCAGAUCAUAUUUGCGAUGCCCUCGCGCAUUUACCAGAGAGUAACAUGAUCGCUUCGGUCGGCACCGAUGCCUGGUUGGUCUUGCUCAACCCAACCGAAGAUUCAGCCGCACCUGAGGUGGCUCGACGGCAGUUGAACUAUGCAGAUCUUCACCCCGAACUAAGAGGCCUCGCUUACACGCCUGAGGGGAUUGUCUCGGUCAAUGCCGUGGGCUCCCUGUACAAAUACCUCAUCGACUCAGACAAGGUCAUUGAGUUUCACAAGUUGUUUCGCGAUGAGCCUCGCGCCGUCGCCGUCAACCAUGACGGACUGAUCGUUGUGGCCGAUGAUGUCGGCAAUCUGACGAGACUCCGUGUCGCAGGCGAAAACGUUCAUGACUUGCGGUCAUUCAAAGCGCACGCGACUCGUGUUUGGUCGUUGACCUUCCACCCAGAAGGCGAUCGCUUUGUUUCUUGCGGUGCCGAUGGUUUGGUCAAAGUAUACUCCGCCUCGUUCGCGACCGUCGCGCGAUGGCAAUUUCCCUUGCGAGGUGCAUUGUAUCUUGACUGCCUCCCUGGAGGCGAUGUGGUCGUAACGCGAAGCGACUCCCGUUUCGAAAUCUCGCGGCUGGAGAUGAACACGGGCAAGGUCAAGGUUCAGCGAGAACUUGAUGGGGAACCCAACGGGCUUGCAUGCCGGCCCGAUAUUAAACAGGUUGCAGUUACAUCACAGAAUCAAAACGCAAUCUGGAUCCUUGAUGCGGAUUCGUUGGAAACCGUGACCCGUUUCUCGGUUAACCAACCUGUCCGCUGUGUAUUUUCGGCUGAUGGUGAUCAUCUGGCCUACAUCGAUCGCGCGGACCAUACGCUCGUGGUCAUUGAUUCGACAACGGGUGAAGAAAUUGCACGAGUUGCUGAAGUUGACGCCAUCGGCUGCGUGGCAUCGCCGCAAGGUCGCAGCUUUGCCUCGUGGCAUGAAGGAAGCAUCGUCCUUUACGACUCGCUUCAACGUCAGCAGCGUCGAUGGGAAGCACAACGCACCAUCACUUACCUAGCAUUCUCUCCCGAUGGGACACGUCUGGUGAGUGCUGGUGCCCGAGACCUGCGACUGUGGGAUGUGGCCACCGGGCGACUGCUCCGUACGUUUGAAGGACACAGGAAUCGCAUCCUCAACUGUGAUAUUUCCCCAGACGGCCGCACACUCAUUUCAGGCGAUGAAGAAGAAACGAAGCUGUGGAGUAUCGCAACCGGGCAAGAAAUGCUGACAGUGCCUGGUGGCACGACGGGGGUACAAUUCCAGCCAAUUGGGCACCGGCUCUUGAGGGCCAUUGCCGGCGGUCAACUACUUCUCUUCGAUGUUGAACCACCGGUGUCACCGACGGUUGACGGUGCUUCGCAAGCAGUGCUAACUCGCUAA